GUUGCAGCUUUCAUUCUCGCAGUUGUGAAGCUUCGCGCAGUGCUCUGCACGCUUCCCCAGUACCGACCCAGGCAUCCGGGGAUCCGAGUUGGCAAUGAUCCCGGAAAACGAGCACGCAUCGGGACAAUUCCUGUUCAGCCAUGGCGCUUGAGCCCGGGCGCCGUUCAGCUUCUCCUCCGGACAGCUCUGGCCGAGACUCGCCUGCGCCGCGGCAGUGGCGGAACCACUUGGGGACAGAGGACACACCGCCAAAAGACAAACAUUACCGCAAGUAUGCGAGCGGCAUCGAAAGGGCUUUGGCGCUCUUCGACACAGCGCUGCAGGAAUGGGCCGACUACAUCUCGUUCCUGAACCGUCUACUUAAGGCGCUGCAGGCCCGACCACCGUCCAUCUCAACCAUCCCUGCUAAGGAAAUCGUCGCAAAGCGACUAUCGCAAUGUUUGAAUCCCUCGCUCCCCUCAGGUGUUCACCAAAAGACGAUCGAAGUCUAUAGUUACAUCUUCUCCGUCAUUGGCAAAGAUGGCUUAUCGCGGGACCUGCGUCUAUAUCUUCCAGGCCUUGCCUCGGUCUUGUCCUUCGCCUCGCUCACCGUCCGCGCCCCCUUCCUGGACCUGCUUGAGCGUUAUUUCUUGGAUUUGCACCCCCGGUCGUUGCGUCCAGCCAUGAAAUCUGUCAUUCUUGCUCUAUUACCAGGCCUGGAGGAGGAGACGAGCGAGGAAUUCGACCGUACUCUCAGGCUUGUCGAGAGGUUCAAGGCCGCCAUCCGCCCUCCUGAAAGCCAGGAUUUCACAGAGGCGCACUCCUCAGGGGACGACUUCUUCUGGCAAUGCUUCUUCUUGGCUUCAAUAACUGGCCACACCCGGAGAACUGGCGCACUCGCUUACCUCUCGCGGUUUUUGCCUCGCUUGGGCCAUGCACUGCAGCCCGAGUCGUCCACGGCGUCUUCCGACACCACGACGUCUGCUAAGCUUUCUCAACUGGUCACAUCCCCUGAGCCGGGCUUGCUCAUACGCUGCUUUGCCGCUGGUCUCGCCGAUGACCAGCUUCUCAUCCAGCGUGGCUACCUUGACCUGCUGGUCACGCACCUCCCGAUGCACUCCGAGGUCCUGCAAAAGAAAUCCAAGGCUGGCGAUCUUGAGCUCCUCUUAAGGGCGGCCAUUGGUGUCACGGUGCGGCGAGACAUGAGUCUGAACAGGCGGUUGUGGUCUUGGCUACUCGGCCCCGAGCCACCUGCCUCCGCUGAACAUGACGGUGGGCUGGACUCUCCUACCCCCACCUCUACCCACCACCUUGGUUUUUUCUCCUCGAGGACAAAUUACUUUGAGGAGUUUGGCCUGCAGCCGUUGACGCGGGCCUUGCUUUCCAUGAUCAAGUCGGACACCGACGGCAACCCAGCGGAACGCGCACGGCCGUACCGCAUCUGCUUGUCCCUGAUGGAUAGGUGGGAGAUUGGCGGCUUGGUUGUGCCUGAGCUCUUCCUCCCUAUCGUGGAUAGCGUGAGGAAAUUCAAGGAUGGCAAGUCUGCGAGCAAGGCCGACUUUACUGAAGUUCUCCGAAGUGCUAGCGUCUUCUUCGAUGGCGUCGAAAGCGGGUUGAUCUAUGGCGAGAUACUGGCCCUGAUGGCCCAGGCCAUCGGUCCCGGAGAUCUCUCUGUCCUUGAGCGCAGAGACAAACUGGACCUCGUCAAGUUCAUACUGACGCAUUUCAAUGUCAGGGAAGAGGAGAUGAUCACCAUCCACGCGCCCCUCGCUGUCCUGUCCAUCUUGUGUAUGAUGGAAGAGACGAAGGUGUAUGACGAGCCCAGUGACGCCUUAGCUCCGUUGGAUGCCUACUUGUCGGAGGCAGCUCUGAACACAGCAGCCAGCUUACUCGAGCUAGUCCCCGAACGAGCAUUUCCGAAGGAAAUCACGGCUAAGUCAACGCCGCCGCUUGACUUGAAGAUCUUAGCAGCCUCCUUUCCGAAGAUGGAGUUGCUCAAAAAAAUCAGGACAUUUUAUACUGCAGACCAAGGCAACCUAGAAGCCGCUUCGCCCCCUUUUGGCCCACAAAAUCUGGCCCAGCUCCUCCUACAGAAGGCAUGCGAUCUCAACUGCUCCUCUCUGAGCAGGAGGGAAUCAGGUGCGGAGAUAGCUGCAAAAAGCAGGAUCCUCGUCCUGCUCCUUUCAAAGCUCCCAGAGACAUUGUCUUUCGGCACAAGCAAGCUUCUUGCGGCGCUCCAUGACUGCCUCGAGUCCGAUGAACCCAUCCCGUUCAUCACCUAUUCUUCCAUCCUCUCACUUUCAUCGCAUACCUAUGCGACAAACAGGAUAACGGCUAUUGAGUUCUCAAAUCUCGUCGUACCGCUCGUACGCCAUGCCUGGGUAUAUCUCUCGGCAUCAGAACCGAAAUAUCAUGUUGAGGCGGUCCGCAGUCUUUGGCUACUCCAGAGCGCACUUACACCCUCAAACAGGGAUAUUGAAGCUACCAUCUGCUCUCUCAUGCUUGAGGCCGACACAGCGGGCACAUUCGCCCAGCGCCCUGCCGACCCUGGCCGCAGGUUCUCCGUACUCUGGACACAUACCUUGCAGGACAAUCCGUCUGCGCUGGAGCGGAGGGGGUCCAAGGCAACUAACGGCGACGUUAAGGGUCUGGCUCGCAUCGCAGGGAUGGACCACUACGAGGUGAUGCUGACGCGGCCACUAUUCCUGAUGUUGGAUGCGCUCGCCGAUGAGAGAACACAGCUGUUCAUGACCGUCAAGACCUGGCUCAACACACUCAACGGGCUGGACAAGCUAUUUUCCGUCUUCAUCACGAAAUUCUCAGAACUAGCCUUCCUUCGGCGACGACAAGAUGUCAAGCCAAGCCCGUCUCACUACAGGGACAGUGACGACCUCAACUUGGCGCUCUAUUUCGUCCGUUCCCUGUCCAAUGUCUUACGCUGGGCGCCUGAAGCAGCCUGGGCAAUCCUCGCGAGGAAGCUCGGACGCUCGGAAUCUCUCCAUCCGCCGCUCUCAGUAAUCACUGGGAUGGACGCCGACAUGCCACUUCAAGAGUUUUUCCUCCAUGUCUGCCUGCAAUGCUUGGCUCACAUCGAGGUCCCCGGUGAGAAGUCAGAAGCAAGGGCGACGCAAUUGCAUCGCGCUGCAUUGACCCUUCUCCACCAGAUCCUCCUUAAUCCGUUCGCCGAGCAGCUUGCUAAACUACAACUCGAGACUGUCCUGAUCGAGAAGCUCCAGCAGUCUCUCAAAGGCCCUGACCCUUACGUCCAGGUUCUGCUCCUGGAUGUUGUCUAUGCCUCCCUGAAGCUCCGGGAACUGGUUCCCGCUGAGCCUCCUGCUUCACCAACCCACGAAAAGCGUAUGGCGCACCUCGAAGCUCCAAGAAGCUCCAGAGUCUCCCUGGCCGAGAAGCACAUGGUUGUACCGCCGCUUCCGCCUGCCCUGCUCAAAUGUAUCCUCGCUGGCCUCAGCUCACCAAGCAGUAGGCCUGUUCUGGACAGCUGGGUGGGAUUCCUCACCGAAUGCCUCCCGCUCUAUACAAAUUCUGUUUUCCAGGUCUUAAUACCCCUUGUGGAGACGCUUUGUCGCCAGAUUGGGAGCACCUUCAGCAAUCUCCAACGCCUGUUCCGGUCUUCGGAGGAGACGCCCUCUCACGGCGCUGUAGGACCCGAGACCACGUUGAUUUCUCUUCUGAACGGCCUUGAGCAGGUUCUGGCCAACGGACACGACAGGCUCCUGGCUGAAGAGGCCAGGGCCCAGGUUGUCAAGAGUCCAGACCAGCCUCAGGGCUUCUUCGGCAACAUGGUGUCGGGCGUGUUCUCGUCGGAUGCGCCGCAAACCCGGAGCGCUACAGCCAACGACCGACUCACCGUCCUGCUUGCUUUCCAAGAUGCCGUCCGCAUGUGCUUCACCAUAUGGUCCUGGGGACAAGGAACCGAUGAGAGGGGGCAGGAUGCGAUUUCCGGGGCAUCCCUCAACUACACAUCAGUGCGAAUGAGGAAUCGAGCGAGGAGGUUGCUGGAGCAUCUCUUUGCCGCCGAGACUCUCGAGUGCCUGGAGACGGUGAUCGGGAUAUGGCGGGGUGCACUGGACAGCGCCAAUGUCUCCAAGGCCGCCGAGGUCUUCAAUCUCCUCCCGGCGCUGGACGGCUCACGACCCAAGCAUACCAUCCCGGCAAUGUUCAAUGCUAUUUACAGUCGGACAAACCCGGGCGCGCUAGACCCGUCGAGGAGAUCGACGCUUACCAUUGAACUGCAGGACACGGACCUCGUGAUCUUUCUGGUGGACUACACUCGGUCUUUGGAGGACGACACCAUGGACGAGAUCUGGCAGGACUGUACCGCUUUUCUCAAAGACAUUCUCGCGAACCCGUUCCCUCACCGGCAGACAUUGCCGAGCCUGCUCGAGUUUGCGGCAAUUCUGGGCGAGAAGGUGGACAAUACCAAUUUCGGGGAGCAGCGGAAGAUGCGCCGGGAGUUGGCGGACUUGUUUUUGCGCCUUCUCACGGCCAUCUUCACCGCUCGCCCGGCCAGUUUCGAAAGUUCAGGGUCGUCUAACCUCUCUGAGAAGCGGCCAAGUGAAGCAUCUCUGCAAUCAGCAGUGGUCAGAUUACCAGCUGAGCGGGCUGACGAUGUAGUCGGCAUUCUGGCUAGCAUUGUCCCCAACCUCCCAAAGAUACUGGUCGAAAACGACCGAAUCCUCACAGCCGCGACCGCCAUCUCGACCACCGUCAUCGGCCCAGCGCUACGCUCCAAAUCCUUCCCCGACACCGUUUCCAAAACCAUGCUCGCGCUCCUCCAAGAACUCUCGCGCCUCCCGAACAACCAGAAGUCUUGGAAGAAAGACCUCUCCGACGCCUUCAAUGACGCGCGCUUCUUCGCCUCCAGCCUGCCCCUCGUCCACACCGGCUGGCUGCCCCUCCUCAAGCAAUGGACAGUGGCCGACAAGGAACGCAUGCCAGACCUCCUCUCGCGCCUCACGCCGCCCACUACAGCAGGCAUCGUCUUCGGCGUGGGCGCGACCUCGGCCCGGCUCGAGGCGGACCGCAAAACGCAGCUCACGCUGCGCCGCCUGGCCACGCUGAUCCUGGCCUGCGCCGCCGACGCCUUUGUCGCGGACCUGCCGGCCAUCACGGAGAAGGUGACGGAACUUCUCACAGCGACGGCCACGUCCUCGCCGUCGUCGACCACCCGCGCAGAAGUUUUCAUGCUCCUCCGCGCGCUGGUUCUGCGCACCAGCGCCGUCCAUCUCGCCCCGCUCUGGCCCGUCAUCAACGCCGAAUUGCAUGCGGCGAUUGCGUCGGUCGUCGCGCCGGACCACUCAACCGCGUCGGAUACGUACGGCAAUGCGUCGGUCAUGCAGGCGUGCAAAUUGCUGGACCUGCUGGUGUGUGUAGCGCCGGACGAGUUCCAGCUGCAUGAGUGGCUGUUUGUCACGGAUACCAUUGAUGCCGUGUACAGGCCGCAGUUCGGGGGCAGCGGCGGGUACCAGCCCGCGGCGUUGGUGGAUGAGGUCUGUGAGGAGCUGGGAGCGGUUGGGUUGGGGUUUGUUGGGGGCGUGGAGGGUGCUCCGACGGUGCAAGCUUCUGCUGUGGGAUCGUCUAGCGGUCACCGACGGCCGUUGCUUGGGACGCCGGGCGGGAUUAGUGAUGAGGUCAGCAUGGAGCGGAAGGAUGAACUAGUGGCCAAGGUGCUGAGGCCCUUCUUUGGGCAGCUGAGUAUCCAUGCUUUUGAGUCGACGUACGCCAUGGCGCCGGUGGAUCGGGAGGGAUGUGUUGCCGGGCUGGUGAAGGAUGUGUUUGAUGAGCGGAGCAUCGUCAAGGGGCUGUAG